GAGGUCCGAAGUUUUUAGGGCAAUGUACAGAGGCCAGCAGGGCAGACAAUAGGAGGUCAGCAUGGGAGUGUAUGACAGGGGCCAGUAGGGUGGAGAACAGGCAUCAACAGGGGUUAGCAGGGCAGAAGACAGGGGUCAGUAGGCAGAGGACAUGGGUUAGUAGUGCAAAGGAUGGGGUCAGCAGGGCAUACGAGAGGGGCCAUCAGGGUGGAAGAUGGGGUCAGCAGGGCAGAGGAAGGAGUCAGCAGGGUAGAGGACAGGGGUCAGCAGGGUAGAGGACAGGGGUCAUUGGGCCAAAGGAUGGGGGUCAUCCGGACAUGUGGGGAAGAGGACAGGGAUGAGAAGGGUAGAGGACAGGGGUCAUCAGGGUAGAGGACAGGGGUCAUCAGGUAGGGCAUAGGAUAGCAUCAGCAGGGCACAGGAUUGGAUCAUCGG